AUGAAUACCGGCGUGUGCACGGCCGGAAAGUUGAUAAUUAACGGCGGCGGGCUGGCGGCGGCGGCGGCGGCACAACGGAGCGCCCGCACAGAUGCGACGGAACGGGCGAAACUCCGUGAGCGAGCUUACGCGCGCGCGCUACCCGUCGCCGCCGCCGACGCCGACGACGGCGACGACGACGACGACGAGCGUUUCUACGCGUUGUCCGCGGCGGCGUCCGUUUUCGCGGGCGGCACGACCAUCAGUCGACGGAACGCGCGCGUUGUGUGCGGAAAACAGGACGAUUUCGCCCGUGCGGUGACGACCGAAAUCCACCCGGUGACGAGAUCGUGUUUUUUUUUAUUCGUAAACGAAAAAUUGUUAAUAUUGGCGGUUUUUUAAAAAUUCUUUUCUCCCCUUCGAACAAUAAUAGGGAAUUUUUUUCCUCGAUCCGCGGCAUUGCUUGCCAGUCGGACGGUUUUUAUUAUUAUUAUUACUAUUUUUUUUUUUUUUUUUUCAUUUUUUUUCUUAAUACCAGUCACUCCGCGGACGACGUGUAGUCCCGAGUACGUUCGCACCGACGGCCCGAUGAAAACCACUACUGCGCGUCUGUCGUCCAACCGUCACGUGACGGAAACGUGGCCGGCCUGGCGAACGGCCACGUGACGUGGCGUCUGCGGUGGCUUCGGUGGCUGGGGUGGCCGCGGCUGCGGUGA